CUCUCUCUCUCUCUCUCUCUGGACGAGAGAGAUAAAAGUCGUACCUUUGCACCUUGGACCAGUUCUAACCAUCUCUCCCUCCCUUCCAUAAUCCUAAAUCCCCUCCCUCCGCGAUCUCCAAUCCGAUCCCGCCACCUCGCGCUCCGCUCCUCCGGCGAGGGGCGCGCGUUCGUCGGAAUGGACGUCAUCCGCCACUGCUCCUCCUUCCUCCUCCCCUCCCCCUCCCACGCCGCCGGAACCGAUGGCCGCCCCACUCCGGCUUACGCGCUCGUCGUGCUCAACCAGCGGCUCCCGCGAUUCACUCCUCUCCUCUGGGAGCACGCACAGGUACGUAUGUGUGCCGACGGGGGCGCGAAUCGCGUGUACGACGAAAUGCCUGGCUUGCUCCCGCACGAAGACGCUGUCGCUAUCAGAAACAGGUAUAAACCUGAAGUCAUAAAAGGAGAUAUGGAUUCGAUUCGGACAGAAAUAAUGGAUUUUUACAGAAAGCUGGGAACAAAAAUUGUAGAUGAAUCUCAUGAUCAAGACACUACUGAUCUUCACAAGUGUGUGUCAUACAUCCGUGAUUCUACACCCGAGCUGGACAAGUCUAAUCUAUGUAUUCUUGUUGCUGGAGCACUUGGUGGACGAUUUGACCAUGAGAUUGGAAACAUUAAUGUGCUGUGUCGUUUCUCAGACAUGCGAAUUAUCCUUAUUUCGGAUGAUUGCCUAAUACAAUUACUUCCGAGGACUCACCAUCAUGAGAUCCAUAUUUUGUCAUCUGUUGAGGGUCCGCAUUGUGGACUCGUUCCUAUCGGGAUACCUUCCAAAAGUACUACAACAACAGGUCUCCAGUGGGAUCUCGCUGACACUGAGAUGAAGUUUGGUGGCUUAAUAAGCACGUCCAACAUUGCCAGAGAGGAGACAGUCACAGUUCGUUCCGACUCAGAUCUUCUUUGGACAAUAUCCAUUAAAAAGCCUUGAUUUGCCUCUCGACGUGAGGCGCACAAGAAAUCUGUUAGGCCUUCAGAUUCACAUUCACGGUGAACCCAUGGCGGAUUUUGUUCGGUCUAUAGCAUAGCAAAGACUGAACUUCUCAUCUUCUCGACUGAAGUUCCAUUUAGCUCAUUGUAUUUUGCAAAAUCACUUACUCCCUCAUGUAUUCCAAUAAGAUGAGGCAGUCUAUUUAUGAGGACUCUGUGUUUGUUGUGCGAUAAACGCAGACUUAGCA